AGGAACAAGACACGCAUUGUUCCAUUGUCUUCUUUACAAAUGAUAGUGCCCCCAUUUUAUUAUUUCAGCCUUCAAUCAUUCAUGUAUCUCUCUCUAUUUCUCUUUCAUUGUUUAUGUCUGGAUGAUCUGUCAGAAUCUUUGCUUGGUUUAUAAGCUCCUUUUGUUCCAAUCCAACCCACUUUUGUGUUGUUAGCUAGCUCUAUCUUCUCAACUAGUUCUAUCUCUCUCUGUCUCUCUCUAUCUCUCUCUCUCUCUCUCUGUGAGGAAGUUUCCCUUUUUCUUUUCUUUUUUCUCUUUUGAAGUCUGUAAAAUGGGAAGGCAACCUUGUUGUGAUAAAGUAGGGCUGAAGAGAGGUCCAUGGACCAUUGAAGAAGAUCACAAGCUUAUGAACUUUAUCCUCAACAAUGGUAUCCAUUGCUGGCGCAUGGUUCCCAAGCUUGCAGGUUUACUAAGAUGCGGAAAGAGUUGCAGAUUAAGAUGGAUUAAUUAUUUGAGACCGGAUCUUAAAAGAGGGGAAUUUUCGGAGGCAGAAGAAAAUCAGAUUAUACAACUUCAUGCCCGUCUUGGUAACAGGUGGUCUAAGAUAGCGUCGCAUUUUCCUGGACGCACAGACAAUGAAAUCAAGAACCAUUGGAACACUCGAAUUAAGAAAAGGUUAAAGAUGCUUGGAUUGGACCCUGUGACCCACAAACCCAUGGAACAAAAUGAAAAAGUGGAUGUACAGAAAACUGAAACCAUCACUACAGAUUUUGAUUCAUCGAAAGAAGAAGAGGAAAGACUGGGGGUUACAGUGACUAUGUCUGAAAAACAUACCAAGAAUCAUGCGGAGUUCGUAGAAACAAGAGAGAAACAAAAUGACAAAGUCGAUAUGGCUUUCGAUGAAACAACAAAUGAUCUUUUGCGUAGUUAUGAAUUAAUGUUGUGUAGAAGCUUAGAUGAUGGUGGGUUGUUGAACACCACAACCACCACCUCCACCACCUCCAAUUCUAAUUACAAUCCUUCAUUCUCUUUGGAAGAUUCUCUCAACCCUUCUUGUAUGGGUGAGUCCUCUUCUUCUAUUCAGGAAGACUCUAUUCAACGAUGGGUUGAUAGUGUGAAUUCCAUGCUCUCAUGGGAUAGCUUCAACCAACUUGACGAAGGGCUUUUCUUUUCAGAAAAUGUCCAGUGAACCUGUUUCCUCUCAUCUGAUACUUCAGUGAGUUCUAAAUAAAAUGGUUUAAAUUAUUUUUAUUGUGAUUUGAGUAAUUUUAUUUUGACACAACAAUACCCUUAAUUUCUUUUAAUUCUCCGAUUCAUCUUUCUUGCUUUUGUUAUCAAUCUUUUGAAAUUGUAUUAUUCUUUACUACGACUUCAGGUAUUACUAUGUCCACUUUGCAACCACAAAAUUAUCUCUAUUAGUUUACGUCUGCAUGAAGG